UUAAAUUUUUUUUUUUUUAAUUAGUGGUGGGAAUGAUCUGCUUUCCGUCUGCGUCGUUUCCAUGCCAGCAUGGGAACCGCCGUGUCCAAAAGGAGGAAUUUGAGAAACGACGCGAUAUCGUCCGUCGCAGCAAAAGUUAGAGCAGCACGAGCAUUUGGAGAGUACCUGUCCCACACACACCCUGAUAACCGAAACGGAUCAGCUCAUCUCCUGUGUGAAACCUUGGUGGGUCCCGACCCAGAGUCGCCAACUGGGACCGCCGGCCCCAACGGCAACCACCUUCAUCUGUGCUCCGACAACACCAAGGACUCCAAGGAUAGCCCGGAGGACAUCGUGGUGAAAACUUCUUUGGCUUUGCACCAUCAACCACCUCCGUCCAUCACCGUUUCCAGUAAGCCGGUGCGGUUAUCCCUCGAACGCAGCUUCUCAGUGGAGGAGGACAAGCAGAAGGGCGUAGAGUGCACUCUGCAGCCUGCUCGUGUCUAUACAAUCACCACCCAGCACGGUAUGCUGAUGAGUGGCGGCCGGGGCAGCAAGGAAAGCCUAGAACUGGAUGUCUUAAAGGAGAGGUCUGGGAGUGGAGGAGUGGGACCCAAAAGUAGCAGUGUAGGUGGUCACGCUACCUUAAUCCAGCCCUCCACUUCCCCUUCGUCCUCCUCCUCGUCUCCGACCCAGUACCACCAAACCGGGAGCGGCCGUGGCACCGGCAGCUGCGGCGGCGCACACCAUCACCACGGCAACCACCACCACACGGGACCCUCAAGCAGCGGCGGAGCCUGCGGGCCGAGCGGAACCGCUAACCAGCAAGCCGCGAUCGUCUCGGGGUCUCACUCCCACCAUGCGGUACACCACCACUCCCACCACCACCAUCACCUGGUUCAACCCCCCUUGCAGACCUCUGUCAGCGCCCACAACAUCCGCAGCUGGGGAGACGGUGGUAAAGCGGAAGCGGAAUGCGGCGGGCUGGCCUGUGAGUCCUGCGGUGCCGUCCCCUCUCGGAGCCAGGGAUCGCUGGACCUAGAAAGUGCUUCCCGAGAGCCAGGCAAGUAGCGCCGACGCCUAGAGAGGAUGUGGAGUGUGGACCGAAUGACUGGGCUGGAGAGAGACGAUGCUAACUGGUUCCCCAAGGAAAAUAUGUUCACCUUUCAAACCGCUACCACCACCAUGCAGGCGUGAGUGGCUUUCCGGGGAUUUGGCCCGAGGAAAAGGAGAGAGAGAGCGCAGGAUUCAGCAGACGUCAGCCAGAGGAACUUCCGGAAGCAUCUUCGUAUGGUGGGCAGCAGAAGGAUUAAAGCACAGACGUUCGCUGAGCGUAGAUCGAAGAGUUUCAGCCGCUCCUGGAGUGACCCCACCCCCGUCAAGACUGACUCUUCUCAUGAAUCCAGAGAUAGUGGCGAUCUGCAGACUUCCUGCGGCACCCUCGACGAAGGCGGCGUUGAUGAAGCUGCCGACUGGGAGGAGGAGAGAGAGCUGGAGAGGCUCGCCUGUGAGGGAGACGACUUUAUACCUCCCAAAAUCAUGUUGAUCUCCUCCAAGGUCCCUAAAGCGGAGUACGUCCCCACUAUAAUCCGCAGGGAUGACCCGUCCAUCAUCCCCAUCCUCUACGAUCAUGAACAUGCAACUUUUGAUGACAUUUUGGAGGAAAUAGAGAAGAAGCUCACAGCUUACAAGAGGGGAAGCAAGUUCUGGAGGAUGCUCAUCUUUUGCCAGGGAGGCCCGGGUCAUCUGUACCUCCUGAAGAACAAAGUAGCGACAUUUGCCAAGGUGGAAAAGGAAGAGGACAUGAGCCAAUUCUGGAGACGACUCAGCAGAAUGAUGAGCAAAGUCAACCCGGAGCCUAACCUCAUCCACAUAAUGGGAUGCUACGUCCUGGGAAACCCCAAUGGAGAGAAGCUGUUCCAGAAGCUGAAGAAUCUGAUGAGGCCUUAUUCUGUGGAGUUCGAGUCACCACUGGAGCUUUCUGCGCAGGGCAAAGAGAUGAUUGAGAUGUACUUCGACUUCCGUCUCUACCGCCUUUGGAAGACGCGUCAGCACUCCAAACUGUUGGACUAUGAGGACCUUUUGUGACGAAGAAAUGCCGACGAUGACGAGGGCGUCCUCUCGUGCCACAAGGAAAGCGUUGAGUGACGAUGGACGUUUUGCUCACCUGGCGUCAACUCCAUAAAAACAUCAUUUUUCUUCCCCAAGGUGGAAAAAGGGACAAGGACCCUGAAUGACUUGAGGUUAUUAAAAAAAAAAAAAUUUUAAAAAUGACUUUGUUGCUCUUUUCAUCGUGAGUGCUUAAAAGGUCAUCUGUAAAGAGCCCAUUGAAGUCACUGUUUAGCUGCAAGAAUGUGUGGUCGUGCCUCCUAUAUACAGUGGACAUUAAAACAUUUUAAAAUGCCAUGUUUUUGUGUUUAAAAAAAAAAAAAAAAAAAAAAAGAAAUGAGACCAAGCUAAAUCCUUUCAAAACUUUUCCCACUGUCAAUGGUUCCUACAACCUGUGUGACUCAGUUGCAUUUUUAACAAAUAAUUUUGAGUAAAAUAAACAACUGAAUGUGGUUACACAAGUGUGCACACCCUCUUAUAAAUGGGUUUCAGAAUUAACCAACCACAUUCAAACUCAUUAAAUCAGCACACACCUGUCACCAUUUAAAGUCUCUGAUUAACCCUAAAUCAAGUUUGUUGUUUAAGUAGGUUGUUCCUUAUAUUUGUUUGUGCUUUCUAGUAAAGGCAUGAAGAAGUUGCACACUUGUGUCAUCACAUUUAAAUUUUUUAAUUUUACUUCGCAACUCUUGAAAAUAAUAAAAAAAAAAAAUCGAUUUAGUUGUACAGGUUAUAGGUUAACAUUAAUGUUGGAAAAAGUUUCAAAAUGAUCUUUUGUCUCAUUUUCUUAUAUCACAGAAACCUUGCAUUUGAACAGGGGGGUGUAGACUUUUUAUAUCCACUGUUAACAUUCAUGACUAAUCCAUCCUUUGUGUCCGUGUAAGAAUCCUAAAUAUCUGGUAUAGCUUCUGUCAUGCAGAUAAUAAUAAUCUUCACCAUCGGAUCAAUGACGUCUAGUUUAUUUUUGAUGUGUGUUGCCGUGCGGUUUUCUUACGGACAUACGUUGGAACAACUCAGGUUUUAGCCACUAAAGUAACAAUUCUGUCUACGACAUACCAAUGUUUAUCGCCAUCUCGCUGGGAGUGAAUGUACUAUUAGCGCUACAGAAAUGUGCUGUAACUUGACAUAGUUUUGUUUUUUUGGUAUGAAUGUGGUCGCUUACAAUAGUGGGGGACAAAAAGUGAUGUUGCUUUCUUGUGCAUUUUCUUUGUGGCUGCGAAAAGCUAAACGUGUUCACAUUUCUGCUGUGAUGUCAAGAGGGAUGUAACAGCCAUCCAAAUGAUUGUUUGCCCUGGUGUUUGAGAAAUUGUAAGCAAGUACUGCAGAACUUCACAAAAAUAGCAUAGGCAUUUGACUACAUUUCUUGGAUUAAUUGAUCAAAUAAAAUAAAUAUAAUAAUAAAAUUAAAAUUAACUUUUUUUUUUUUUUAAUAUUACUUUUAAUGGGAUGGGAGCAUCUUUCAAAGUUCUGAACUCCUGUUUUCAUGCCAUGUCAUACUGAGAGUUCCAUCAGGUGGCUGUGGCUCAACGGCGCUUAUGCUGGUUGCUCGAUGCAAUCCACAGAACUGUUCAUGAAUCAAUGAAUCAUGAUGUCAUGUACAGAAAGAGAAAAACCAAUUGGGGAGCGAAAAUCAAAAGGGCUUGGAUGACGAGUGGAAAUGUUGAAAAUUUAAGGCUGAUUAGGUUAUACAAAUGUUCUGGCUAUGAGUAUUUUCUUAACUUGUCCUCAGUGGUGUCUGAGGAAUAACACAUU